GGCGGCGAGGACGGCCGCGGCGACCGAGGAUGGCCCGUCGGCCGGUAAGAGAGCGCGCCGCGCCGCCGCCGCGGUCAGCGAGGCCGACACCGCCGCCCCACCCUCCGCCCGGACCCAGAGGAGGCGGCUGAGGCUGGCCAGCUCCCCGCCGGCCAGUCCUGUGAAGCCGGCGGAAUGGGAUUCCGACCUCGCGUCGAUCACGCCGAUCCCGAGCGCGUACCAAAAGCCGACCGCUCGCCGCCGCCGUCAGCCGGCCGAGGACGAUCCAGCAAUUCGGAAACACCCUCCGGCUAGGAAACCGGCGGGACGAGCGGCUCGGAAACAGCCCCCUCCUCCUCCAGAGACUAUACAGGAAGAAGAGAGGGUCAUGCAUACAGACAGCUCCGACAGUGAAGUCCCUACUAUGAAGGCCACCGCUGCAAGAGCUGCGCCCGCCAAGCGAGGCACUCGUGGCAAGAAAAUACAACCUACUGAUGAGGCGGCUGCACGUCACAGCCAGCCGACUGAAACUGAUCCAGAAAUAGCAGCUUCGAAAAACCCUUCGGCUAAAAGACCAGUAGGGCGAGCCCGAAAACAGGCCCCGUCCUCAGAGCCCCCAGCAGACGAUACGGACACUGAAGGCCCUACCAAGAAGGUACCCGCUGCAAGAGCUGCACCGGCCAAGAGGGGCGCGCGCGCUAAGAAAACACAACCUACCGAAGAGCUCAGUGACGAGGAAAACGUCCCACCCGAAGUACAGUCUCAGAAACGUGGCGCCGCCCCUGCCAAAAAAGCGGCGCCGAGGAAGGGUGCAGCAUCCAAGAAGGCCCCGCCGACAAAGGAUGAUCUACCGACUCUCACCGCUUAUGACGAGUUCCGUCCGAGCGCGCGGCCCGGCACGCAGCGCUACCGGCUGGAGCAGAUGGCCUUCCUGACGGCGCAGAACGACGCCGCCCAGCCGGACGAUCUGUUCGGGGGCUGCCUGCUGGACUCGGGCGCCGGCGGCGGCGGCGGCGGCCUGCUCGGCCUGGCCGACGGGGAGCUGAUGGCGGCCGUGACGCCGCUGGCGCCCGGCCGCGGCGGCGGCCGCCGGCCGGCCGCGCACAGCUCCCUGACUCCGGUGGCGGCCCUGGCCGCCGGCGGCGCCUACUCGGUCAAAACGCCCACCAUGGCCACAUCGACCAUCAGCCCGGGCAACCCGCUCAACUCGGUCCACAGGGACGAGGCGGCUCGGUACAUGGUGAACCGUAAGAAGCAGGCGGGCCCGGCGCGCCAGCGGCUGCGGAUGGGCACGGACCGGCCGGCCGCUCCGAGCUUCAGCGGCUCGUCAGACAUCGACAGCGCCGCCCGGCUGAUUGAAGAGGACGCCGCCUGGCUGCUGAGGGAAGACGACCCCUCCGACGAGCCGGCCGACGAGUACUUUGAUUACGAUGGGUGAGCCGGGGCCGUCCCAGUCAACGGUGCUCGCUGAAAGGUUAUAGUGCAGAGACUUCCGUUUGUGUGUCCGAGCGACUCGUUUUAUUGAUUUGUGUACGUGAAAGCGGGGUGCUCGAAUCGUUUGUACUGAGAAGACGUUCGUUGUUUGUGUUGAGGAGUUACUAAGCCGUGCCAAACCAGCUGAGGUAAGCGUAGUGUGGUCUGGUGGCUGUUUAUCCAAGUAGAUACCAGCUGUUAGCCGAUGGGAACGCCGGUGUCUGACAGGCGACACUGGUGACACACGCCAGUCAUUUGACCUGGUGAAGAGACGGCCGGGCGGCGUUCUUAUGCGGCGAUAUAAACGGCCGGUCAGCUGAUGAAUGAGUUCGGAUAGUUCACUUUCCGACGGAUCGCUCGUUCCGCUAUACAAACAGUUAUAGUAGUCCCCGUCACGAAAUGUGUGCGAGUUGCACCAGCUACUGUGCGGGCAGGGACCAUUGGCGCGGAUAGGGAGAACCUCUGAUCUGGGCGCUGCAGCCGUGCACUGCAGAUGCAGUCCAGAUGCGUGCCUUUCAGAAAUUCGGUGAUCGUCACCGCUCUGCGGCCGUUGUUUUGAAUAUUAUCGUUGAACGAGAAUGACCGUGCUGCCAACGAAAGUUUGCAUCAUCUCUGGAUCACUAUAAAUACACAUUUUCAUUCCACUCA